AUUGCCAAUACUUAGUUCUUCUGGACUUGCAAGUUCCAGCGAUGGCCGGCCUUGCAGUGAAGAAUACCUUCAUCCAUUUCGAGGAAGGAGAAGAGCGAGGCCUCAAGCGCGCACACUCAUCUCCCGCUUUGCUGACUGAGGUGGAGCUGAAGGUGGGAGAUGCUGAGGUUUGCUCUUUGGCUGCGCGGCAGCGCAGCAGCUCCGGCAGCACGGCAGCGGGUGAAACGGAGGUCUUUUACUCCACGGACGACGAGGUGGAGGUGGAGGUGAACCCGGCAAGCUGGACAUGGCCCGACGAUGCAGAGCAGGUAUAUACAGAAAUAUUUUACAUCGGCAGCGAGUUGGACACGGCUCAGGUGGCCAACUACGUCCCACGACCAAACGAGGAGGGGUGGCAUCCUAACCCGCCGGGGCGCGCACGCCUGUGCCGAGCAGUCGCAGCUGAGGAGGCAGCUGAAAAGCUCGCGCUGAAGGUGGCUGUGGCCUCCACACAGGAUGAGGAUGAGGAGGAAGAGGAGGAAGAGGAGGAAGAGGAGGAAGAGGAGGAAGAGGAGGAAGAGGAGGAAGAGGAGGAAGAGGAGGAAGAGGAGGAAGAGGAGCUUGUUAAGCAUAUUUGCGCUGCUUGUCUGGAUAAUUGA